UGAAGUUCUGCUGCAACUGAAUGUGGACUGUAAACUUUUUCAUCAGGAUUUCUUUAUUUCUUCCCUGUGUGCGCUGGAAGUUCAUCUCAACAGCUGUCAAUGCAGUGAGAGACACCAGAGGUGGAUUUUAUUCAUGGCCGAGGUUAAAGUGUAGCUAAAACUCAGUCCCUGUUGAAGAUGAGACUGUGCAGUUCUUCUGUCAUGCUGAUGUGGACGCUCAGGGUUCUGCUGUUUCUGGCUGCUGUGCAGCUGUCAGGAGCCGACUGUCCCAAAUCAUGUGUCUGUCACGUCCCCGCUGAAGUACACUGCACCUUCAGAUACCUGACCGCUCUCCCGGACCACUUCCCGGCAGCUGUGGAAAGAAUUAACCUCGGGUACAACAGUAUUACAACCCUGGGAGAGAAUGACUUCACAGGCUUUACAAAGUUGCAGCUAUUGCUGUUGCAUAGCAACACCAUACACAGUGUUGAAGACAGAGCCUUUCAAGAUCUCACAUCACUACAGGUGCUAAAGAUGUCACACAACAAAUUAAAGGAAAUCAACAAGGAGACAUUCAAAGGUCUGGACAGACUGUUAAAACUUUACAUUGACCACAACCAGAUAGAAUUCAUUCAUCCGGAAGCUUUGUACGGCCUGACCAACUUGCAGCUCAUCAAUCUGGAAAACAACCACCUCCAACAGCUCCAUCCAGAUACAUUCAUCACAAUGAGACACAGCCAAGUUUUCAAGGUUUCCUCAGUGAGAACCAUUCACUUGUCGGACAACCUGCUGACCACUCUUCCUGCAGAUAUUUUCUCAGGCUGCUAUCAAUUAGAAAACCUUUUCCUCCAUGCUAACCCCUGGAAGUGUGACUGUCGUAUAAGGUGGCUGUCUGUGUGGACUGAGAGGAACACAGGUGUGCUGAAAUGCAAGCGAGACAGAAGAUAUCCAAAGGGCCAGCUGUGUCCUGUUUGUGCAAACCCUGCCUCUCGUAACAGACGCCUAACCCUGCUCCACAAUGAUGCCUUCAGCUGUACCAAACCAUGGAUCGAGUCUCAUCUAAAGAGGAAAAACAUCACCUUGGAGGAGGGCGACUUCACUCCAGUUUACCCCAAGGACUUCAUCGCCCCGUUAGGCUCCAUACAACUAAACCUGACUGACCACCUUCACAAAGAUGCGAGUCUUUCCUGCACUGUCCAGAGGCCCACUGCUUUUGAGAACCCUACGCAAACCAUUGAGGAGGAAGAGGGAAACAAUGUCACUAUGCUUACCACUCAAGUAACUACAUAUUUAGUAUGCAACAUUGAUUAUGAACACAUCCAACAGCUGUGGGGGGUUCUUACUGCUUACAGUGACUCACCUUUGAGGCUAGAAAGAGGUUUGAUGCUGGCUCGAACACCAGAAAUGGUGUACAGAUACAGCCAGGUAAAGGAUGAAGACGAAGGAACGGACACAAACAUUGAAGCUGAGAUGAAAGCUUCUCCGGCAUGGUUAUUGCAAGGUGAGGUGAGACUUCAGCUUGACCGAACUUCUACAACCUUCUCUACUCUGCAUAUCAAGUACCAAUCUGUGGUCAACAUACGCUUGGAAAACAAUCCACCUAGAAAGGACCGCUAUGCAUGGACCACAAUCAAGCAAGACAAUCAAACCAAGACAGAGCAUGCUGUAAUCACGGGUGGUGUGGCACAGUUGAGCUGUCAUACAAAGGGUGAACCAAAGCCUUCAAUGGAAUGGAUUUUACCUGAUGGAAGCAGAGUCAGAGCUCCUUAUUUCAGUCAAGACAGGAGGAUCAUAAUCACUGCUGAGGGGGAGCUCAGUCUUCGAGGUGCAGUUCCCUCGGAUACCGGCCUCUACUGGUGCAUCACCACAAAUUACCUGGAUGCAGAUAUCCUCAUGUUUCGUGUGACAGUCCUUUCACCUGAUGUGGAAGAGAUGGAGGUCAAUGGUCUUCAUCUGUCAGCGUCAUUAGGUGACAGUUUGGUUCUUGACUGUACCACCUCUGGUAGUCCUGAGGGCUCAGUUUCAUGGAUUCUCCCAGACCACUCAAUACUGGACAGAUCUGAAGGGAACAAAUGUGUUUAUGAAAAUGGAACGUUGACAAUUCAGAGCCUUACAAAGAGGGACAGAGGAUUUUAUAGGUGUUUGGUUGCCAACCAUCUUGGUUUGGACCUGCUUGUGUAUCAAGUGACAGUCACCGAAGAAAUACUCAAGCCGAAACCAGUUGUGGAAAAUGAGGGAUCAGGGAUGGUGCUGGAAGUCAAAAUUGACUCUAGUUCAGACGAAAAAUUCAUCAGCCCUAGUGAGAUGCCCUCUUUCAGUCCCAACUACAGAACUAGUCAGGAAUCCCGGACUAUCACCUCUGAUCGGCCUUAUCCAAAACCCAGAUUUCAGGGCAGAAAAGGUUUUGGAGGUAGACAGUGGCAAAGGAGGAGAGUGGCAGCUCGCAACAGACAUGUAGGGAGUAGCAGGAUCUUUAAUAAAGCAUCUAAAAAAGUCGAUCCGCAAAAAUUUGCAGAAUUGAUGAAAAAGGCUCAGGAAGGAUUAAGAACAAAGAGUGACCUAAAAGAAGAGAUGGCAAAAUAUGAAAACAAUAAUGUUUUUUCUGAUGGUGGCGAAAUUGGCUCUGGUGAGGAUCAUGAUAACAAACACUCCCUUUUUGACCCAGAGAUAGUCAAGCCAACACCACAAAUAACAGCUCUCACACAAAUAGGAGAAACUUACCCAGUUACAUCAGAUGUACUCAAGAAUCCUGACAUAGAAAACUCAGUGAGACAUUAUAGUCAUUCAAGACAAGCAAAAGAAUAUACAAAUCCAGUAGCAACUGAUAAAUCCACAUCCACACACCUCCCAACUUCAAGUGAGUUUUACUCACAAGAAAUAGCCACCAUACAUCUGACAAAUACACAUCCAAUCAAUCAACACAUUGCACCAGAAACUCAGCUGAAGGUUUUAGAAAAGGGCAAUACAGAUACAGAAACAUCUACGGACGGGGCACUUUUGAUAACCACAGAUACUAAUACUACUCCUAUGAAGGACGGCCCAAAACCAGCAGAGCUUGUUGUCCACACAGAUGCUGCCAGCCAGACCACGUUCACAGCAAUCACUACCACGGAGAGAUUGCAAGACGAGAUCACCUUUCAUACUACCCAGACAAUAAAAUCUCCAGGCCUAUCUGCUGGGUCUACCAUCAUUUCUCAGCAGCAGAUUCAAAUCAUUCCACAAAUUAAAGGAAAAGGUCGCAGGAGAACCUUUCAUGGUCGCAGGAGAAUUGUUAAACCUGGUAGAAUUACUGACAUAAAGUCCUUCAUCAAUAGAGUCAAACAACCAACUGUAAGGAAGGAAGAAAAUACCUCUGUUCCAAUUCAAAUUAAUUUCACAACAGAUCGCAAUUCUGAUGAAGGCAGCAAGAAGACUGUAGUCACUGAUGUCCAGCUCAAAGCACCAAAACCUUCCUUCAGUCCAUAUCUGAGCACAACAGAAAGACUUAAAUCUACUCAGAAAACCUCAACUUCUACCACAAGUGAUUACAUUCGUUCAAAUCUCCCUUCCAUUCAUGGUAGAUAUGUAGCAGAGGUCACAGCAGAGGACAUAACAUCUGCUGAUUCUCCUGACAUGGAUGCUACAAGGGAUUCUACAAACAAAAAGGUGUCAGUAACCACAACUUCAAGUACUUCUAAGGUUGUUCCUAAAAGAAAUUAUUGGAACCGGCUUUUUGGAGGACGAGAUAGGCCAAAGAAACUAAGCAGAUUAAGGAAACCAUCACUUGCAACAAAAGCCUCAACCACAGCAAAUAUUCUAAUCACAACCACCCCUGUUGCAUCUACCACCACAACCAGCCCACCGACCAAGCUUGAGAAUCUGCCACUACCUAGUAAACAAAGUUCAACAGCGGAUAAGUAUGAACGUUUAGACUCAUCAGACUUUGAACUGAGAACAACAGGAGUAACCUUUCACCAUUUUACCACUACGAGCUUACCUUGUUAUUCCAAAAUUUCCACCACUGCUGGAUCACCGCCAGAAUUACAGACUCUACCCUCUCCACCCACAGUCAACCCACAUGUAAUUGAAAGUCCUGAGGACAUAUUGUCAUCUGGGUCUGGGGCACUACCUGAUAAUGUCAAUACAAUCAGGCAAAAGACUGGUGGGAUCAGGAGAUGGAAAGGAAUGGGAAGGAGGAGGCCCUUCCAGGGCAGGAGACUCUUCAAGAAACCUGGAACCACAAAAGCAACGCAAACCACCACAACUUUAUCUUCUUCUGUUGAUAUAACAGUCAUGGAAAGUACAAUGGAGGAGACCACACAACCUCAGCAGAUUGCAUCAUCUUACAGUUCUCUCAACAUACCACCGAGGAAAAUGAACAGGACGGCGAAAGAAGAUUUUAGCAGUCUCAAUGUCUUUACCACUAACAAAACUCCUUUAGUGACCUUCUCUGCACAAAAGCCAACUACUACAUUAGUUCCUAACACAUUAAAACAGCCGUACACAGCAGCGUCCAACAAAAUUGACAUCAACAAACAGCCCCAGACACAGAAAAAACAACACGAUACCACCAACACGUCGGUAAAAAGACUCGAACCAACUUUGCAAAGCAGUGGUGCAAGAAAUAGGGAAGAUGAAGACCUUACCUUUGACAAGAUGACCAUAUCUGAAACUCAGUCAGGAUACAACUUUCCUGUUCCAUUCAAUAAAGAGCUGGAAAAUUCUAAAUCUACAAUUUAUGAUAAAAUAACAGACAACAAAGCCCCAUCUUUCAGUGCUUCUGGAUUUGAACCAAAAUCAAAGGGUAUCAGCAGCAAGCCUAAGAUAAUUGGAGGAAACGCAGCUAGUUUUACUGUUUUGUCCAACUCGGAUGCUUUCCUGCCAUGUGAGGCUGUUGGAAACCCUCAACCUGUAAUAACCUGGAUGCGUUUCUCUAGCACAGGAAGCACAGUUAGCAUCAGAGGAAGGAUGGGCAAGUUUGACUUGUGGAGCAAUGGCACUCUAUCCAUUCAGAAAGCCAAUAUCAAAGACCAUGGCCAGUACCUCUGUCUUGCUGAGAAUGAUUAUGGAUCAGAUAAACUUCUGGUCACUCUCUCUGUGGUAGCUUAUCCAUCACGGAUACUGGAACCAAGAAUGCGAGAAAUCAAAUCUCACACGAGAAGUACGGUGGAAGUGACAUGUAGAGCAGAAGGCAGACCAAUGCCCACAAUUUCUUGGAUCUUGGCUAACAGGACUCAAAUCAGGGGACACAGCCCAGAAAAAGGACGAGUAUCAGUAUCUUCUGAAGGGACUCUUACCAUUAAAGAUGUCUCUGUUUUUGACAGAGGUUUUUACAAGUGUAUUGCCAGCAACCCAGCUGGAGCUGAUACCGCUACAGUCAGACUGCAGGUGGUAGCAGCUCCACCAAACAUUUUAGAGGAAAAACGUCAACAGUUGAAGCCAAACCUAGGUCAAAACCUUUGGCUACCUUGCACUGGUUAUGGUUCCCCUCAGCCAACUGUACACUGGGUCCUCCGUGAUGGAUCAGUUAUUCUUCUUGACAAGCCUUCCAGUAACAAAAGGACAACUUUGUUUAAAAAUGGAACACUAUCUAUAAGAGCUGUGACUCCUGCAGAUAACGGAAACUAUGAAUGUAUUGCUACAAGCUCUACUGGUUCAGAGCGAAGAGUUGUGACGUUGACAGUGGAGACACAGCAGUCUGCACCUCAGAUAGUGAAGACCUCUGAGCUUGUUACAGAACUGUCUUAUGGGGAACAAUUGAGACUCAACUGCUUAGCAACAGGAGACCCUAAACCAAAGAUUAUGUGGAGACUUCCAUCUAGAGCGGUUGUUGACCAUUGGCACAGGAUGAGCAGCAGAAUUACAGUUCUGGAUAAUGGCACUCUUAUUGUCAACACAGUGAUUGAUAAAGAUGCUGGGGAGUAUUUUUGUGUGGCACAAAGCACAGUAGGCGAUGAUCUUCAACUAAUGAGGGUCAGUGUUUCAAUGAAGCCAGCCAAAAUAGAGUCUAAGCCCUAUGGAAAGAAGCAAAUCCAUUUUGGUAAUGAACUGAAAGUGGACUGUAAAGCCACAGGUGCACCAAAACCAGAGAUCUCCUGGGGUCUGCCAGAUGGCACAGUUGUUAACAGUGCUCUGCAGGCUGACGACGGCCAUGGACGAGGACGAGUGCGCCACUAUACUCUGUUUGACAAUGGGACUCUCUUUGUGAACCAGGUCGGUAUGUCAGAAGAAGGAGACUAUACCUGCUAUGCAGAAAACAAGGUGGGAAAAGAUGAGAUGCACGUACAUAUCACAGUUGUAACAGCUGCCCCCAGGAUACGUGACCCUGACCAGACAUAUGCCAAGGUGAAACCUGGAGGUAAUGUUCGCUUUGACUGCGAUGCCCAUGGGGAGCCCAAACCAAAAAUUCUCUGGAUGCUUCCAAAUAAUGAUGAAAUAGCAGCAUCAAAUGCACAGCACCUUAUACAUGUAAAUGGUUCCUUAGAUAUCAGGAAUGUGAAGCUAACUGAUUCUGGGGAAUAUGUUUGUGUGGCUCGAAACCCUGGGGGAGAAGACAAAAAAACAUAUAAAUUGGAGAUUGAAGGACAUCCACCAGUGAUCAAUGGAUUCAGACAAAAUAGGACUGUGAUCAAAGAUGUAACCUCAAGACAUGCCAGGAAACUCAUAGACUGCAAGGCUGAAGGUGACCCUCCUCCAACUAUCACUUGGAUAAUGCCAGAUAACAUUUUUCUUCCUGCACCAUACUUUGGAAGCAGGAUAAAUGUUCACCACAAUGGGACUCUAGAGAUUCGCAAUGUGCGGGCCACCGACACAGCCGACUUUAUUUGCAUGGCGAGAAAUAGUGGGGGUGAGGCAGUGAUGAUAGUACAGCUAGAAGUUGCUAAUAUGCUUCGAAGGCCAAUUUUUGAGAACCCUUUCAAUGAACGCAUUGUCUCUCGGGCUGGAAAAAGUAUUGUUCUGAACUGCUCUGCUCAUGGGUACCCAAAGCCGGAGAUCGUUUGGACGUUGCCAAAUGGAACACGUUUGAGUGUUGGGGCAUACCAUGGCUCUCAUUAUCAUCUAAACAAUGAUGGAACCUUAGUUAUUUACAACUUGCAAAAAGACGAUUCUGGAAAAUAUAGAUGUGGUGCGAAGAAUAACCUUGGAUAUGUGGAGAAGCUAAUAGUUUUGAAUAUUGGGCACAAGCCAUACAUCCUAACAAGACCUCGGGGUAUCAUACGUGGCAUGUCUGGGGAACCCCUUUUCCUUCACUGUUUGUCUGAUGGGAGUCCUCGACCAAAAAUCUUUUGGACCCUUCCAGGAGGCCAUACUCUUACUCGACCUCAGGUACUUGGACGCUACCAGCUGGUGGAAAAUGGCACUCUAGUUGUUAAGGACACCACCCUCAGUGACAGAGGAAACUAUAUUUGUAGAGCUCACAAUGAUGCUGGGGAAGCAGUUCUCACCAUUCCAGUAGCUAUCAUUGCUUACCGUCCACGAAUAACUUCAGUCCAUCCUUCCACUGUAAGGGUAGUACCUGGGACACCAAUCCAGCUCAAGUGUGCUGCCACUGGAUUCCCCAAGCCACAGAUUACCUGGGAGCUUCCUGAUAAGACAAUUCUGUCAACUGCAGCACAGGGCAGGCCUAUGGGGAGUGAACUUCUCCACCCUGAGGGCACGCUUAUUAUCCAAAGACCCACAUCAUCAGACUCUGGUAAAUACAAAUGUAUGGCCAGGAAUCAUAUGGGUACAGACUCUAAGGUCAUAUACGUCCUUGUUCUUUAAACUUCAGUGUAAAUUCAGUAAACUGUACUUUUUGCUUGUGGUGAUUUUUUUUAAAUGAAAUCUCAUGGAUAAAAAAAGAAACAAGCUUUGAAAAUAAAUAAUUUGUACAUUUUUCUGUACAAAAUCAUCAAUGUGGUGCUACCAAGCUGUUUGUGUAAUAUUGUCAACGAACACCUGUAAAGUCUAAUGUCUCGGAUCUGAGGUCAAGUGUAGCAUACUAUCACAAGUACUUUUUUCUGUUUGAAAAUAAGAACUGGAAACUUGUUUAUAUGUUUUAUUGUUUUGGUUACAGAGUUUUUAUUCCCCCUAACAGACAAACUAUGGCAAACUUCACAUUAAGACCUUGUACUCUUUUACUUAAGAACUAGUUUAAAAAAUAAAAAAGCCAAAUAUACUGUAAAUAUGUUUCAUAGUUAACAAAUUACAUUUUGUUUUGAACAAUCUUAAACUUGUUUUACAAUAUAUGUGCCAUGUUUCAGUGCAAAACUGAACCCUUUUUAAUAAUAAAGGUUAAAAUGUGUUUUAACUUCAUGUGUA